AUUAAGAGUAUUAAAUGUGGAUAACUGACAAAACUCAUUUCAUGACAAAACUCAUUCCAUGACCCCGGGUGAAAUCGCGAGACGAAUCUAUGAACCUAAUUAUGCAAUAAUUAGAUAAUAUCGUGCUACAGAUAAUAAUAUCUAAUGAUAGAUUAAUUAGGCUUAAUAGAUUCACCUCACUAUUUCUCAUCUAUCCGUGUAAUUAGUUUUAUAAUUAGUAUAUAUUUAAUACUCCUAAUUAGUGUUGCAAACAUUGUCAAAAAAUUUUGCCCAAAAAUUUUCGCUAAAUAAAUGGGCCCGAGCAGGUCUACUAUGUCGCCCAGUCAUAUUGUAUUUCCUAAGAGGAAGCCGGUGACCUAAGAGGAAGGGUGAGGGUCAGCGGCGGCCCCACGGUGGUGACGGGUUGCUCGGUGGUGAGGCCGAGCGCUUGGGCACCGCCAAUCGGAGCGGUGCAAGAUAACCAUUGCCCCAUGUUGAUGGUGGGGGCGGAGGAUGCUGGAGUCCUAAAGGGCGCGGUGGGCGGUUGGUGGGCGGCUCGAUUGCCAGCGUCUGUAGGUGGUGGGAUAGGUUGAAGUGAGCGUGCCGGUAGCUAAGGCGCUGUGGGCGAUGUCGGCAAAUGUGGUGGCGGUGCAGCGGGAGGAAGAAGAAAAAGGAAGUAAAGAAGAAGAAAGAGGAAGGAUGGAAAGAGAGGGGGCUGGGGCCACCGUUCGCUGGAUGCGAACGCGUGUCCGCUAGUGGCCGCGUAUGUGCGCAGAUUCUUGGAUAGAAAAAGUUAAGAGGGAACUCGCCAAGUCGCCAUCGGCCAUUGCUGCGGUGCUCUUGCAUCGACUUGGCUGGGUCCGUGAAAGCUACUCCGCUCCCCCGUGGCCUCAUCGACGACGUGACUCGAUCUACAAGCUGCUGGUACCGCGCGCAGCAGACGCAGAGGCCUGCAGCCGUUGGAACCCGUGGUCACCAUCGACGGCGCCAAUUAAUUCCACGCCAUCAUACCCGGUGGUUCGUCCGUAGAGGCCAAGCAAGCCGCAAGCGGCGUCGGCGAGAGGCGGCCAAGCAAGCAAGGCGGCUGCCAGCGUGGACCGCCCAUCCUGCCCCGUGGCCCGGAAGAUAAGGGGCGCCACUCCGAGCCAACACGUGGCGCCGGACCCGAUAAGGAUAGGCCAGCAUGGCCGGGCGCCGCCGCCGGCGAACGGUGACCACUCCUCCCACAUCCGGUCGUCCCGCGCGGGAUGGGUGGAUGGGGCGCCAUGGACGCCCUGGCUAUAUAUGCCGUUGCCGUCGGAAGGGAAGGACUCAACUCAAGCAGGCCUGCCUCUUCUUCUCCUUAGUUAAUAUUCUAGUAAUAUAAGCAAGCAUAUACUACCAAGCCAAGCCAUGGCCCCCACCGUGAUGGCCUCGUCGGCCACCUCCGUGGCUCCAUUCCAGGGCCUCAAGUCCACCGCUGGCCUCCCCGUCAGCCGCCGCGCCCGAAGCUCCGGCUUCGGCAAUGUCAGCAUCGGCGGAAGGAUCAGGUGCAUGCAGGUGUGGCCGACGGAGAACAACAAGAAGUUCGAGACCCUGUCGUACCUGCCGCCCCUCUCCACGGAGGACCUCCUGAAGCAGGUCGACUACCUGAUCCGGAACAACUGGGUCCCCUGCCUCGAGUUCAGCAAGGUCGGCUUCGUCUUCCGCGAGAACGCCACUUCCCCCGGGUACUACGACGGCCGCUACUGGACCAUGUGGAAGCUGCCCAUGUUCGGCUGCACCGACGCCACCCAGGUGUACGCCGAGCUCGAGGAGUGCAAGAAGGCCUACCCCGACAACUACAUCCGCAUCCUCGGCUUCGACAACGUCAGGCAGGUGCAGUGCGUCAUGUUCAUCGCCUACAAGCCCCCGGCCGCCGCCUAAGCGCAGCUAGCUAGCUCCUGCGUGAUCGAGCAACCAUCAAGUGUCUCCUUUUUGUUUUUGCUUCGAUCGGGUCACCUUGAUUUUCUUUCUUUUUCAUGGUUGCUUCUGCUGUAUCCAUCCAUGGCAUGCAUGCAUGUGUGAGGAACAUGUCAGUGCAAGCUCCGGCUAUAUAUGAUAUGUAAUGUGGAUACUAUCUAGAGCACAUUAUUAUCUGCCAAUCCGCCGACAAUAUAUUUAUACUAGAUUGUGUUAAUUACUGGUACGGUGUUUUUGUAUCAAUAAUAAUAUAUGUUUCCUCAACCUUA